AAUCUCGUCAUGUCUUUAAACGCACCAUCACAUGGAAGCAGGAAGUAUACACACUGUCGCUGUGCAUCAAGCUAACCAGGCUAAUGGUGGAUAUGCAGUGAUGCUAACAUGUCAUGAUAAUAAAUCCGGGUUGACCGACAAUUUACUGUCCUGCGGCCCAUCGGAAUACGACGUCGCUGACGAAGUCAAAAUAUUAUUUUGUGUCAAGCAAGAGAGCAAGUGGCAUGCUGGACGUUGGGAAGUGGCCAGUGUUUGCUCUCCUCCCGCCUGAGGAACUGGGGCUCAUCCGACAGGCUUGUGUUUUUGGAAGUGGUGCGAACGAAGCCCUCUAUGUCACAGUUAACGACGAGGUCUUUGGCCUCGGCACCAACUGCAGCAGCUGUUUAGGCCUGGGAGACCUGCAAAGCACCAUCGAGCCACGCAGGAUUGAUAUCCUCUGUGGGAAGAAAAUUGUGUCCCUAAGCUAUGGAACUGGACCACAUGUGGUUGUCGCUACCUCGGAUGGAGAAGUGUACGCAUGGGGCCACAAUGGCUACAGCCAGCUGGGCAACGGCACCACCAUCCACGGGUUGACCCCCGCCCUGGUCUCCACCAACCUCCUCAACAAGAGGGUGACUGAGGUGGCUUGCGGCUCCCACCACACCAUUGCCCUCACAACGGAAGGCGAGGUCUAUGCAUGGGGCUACAACAACUCAGGCCAGGUGGGAUCGGGGUCUACGGCCAACCAGCCGACACCCCGCCGGGUCAGCUUCUGCCUGCAGAACAAAGUGGUGAUCAACAUCGCCUGCGGUCAGCUUUGCUCCAUGGCUGUGCUGGACACCGGGGAGAUCUACGGUUGGGGCUACAACUGCAACGGCCAGUUGGGCUUGGGCAACACUGGGAACCAGCAAACUCCCUGCAGGAUCGCAGCUCUCCAGGGUGUCAGCAUAGUCCAGGUCGCCUGCGGAUACGCGCACACGCUGGCGCUCACAGACGAGGGCUUUGUCUUCGCCUGGGGAGCCAACUCGUACGGGCAGUUGGGGACGGGCAACAAGAGCAAUGUAUCUCUCCCCACCAUGAUAAGCACCGACAAAGAAAGGAUCGUGGAGGUGGCGGCGUGUCACACCAGCCACACAUCCGCCGCCAAGACACAGAGCGGGCAGGUUCUGAUGUGGGGUCAGUGUCGAGGUCAAUCCGUCACCAACCCCCACCUCACCCAUUUCAGCUGUACUGACGACGUCUUUGCUUGCUUCGCCACGCCGGCCGUCACAUGGCAUCUCCUCACCGUAGAUAACGAUGAUUACCUGACAGUGGCCCAGUCUUUGAAGAAAGAGUUUGACAGCCCUGAAAUCUCCGACCUGAAGUUCUUAGUGGACGGAAAGUGUAUCCAUGUCCACAAAGCUCUGCUAAAAAUAAGAUGUGAACAUUUUCGUGUGCUGCUAAACGAAACCGACGAGGACACCAUCGAAAUCCACCAGUUCCCCUUCCUUGUCUACCGAGCCUUUCUGGAGUACCUCUACACCGACUCCAUAAACCUGCCACCAGAAGACGCGAUUGGCCUGCUGGACCUGGCCACCUUCUACCGGGAGAGCAGGCUGAAGAGGCUGUGCCAGGAGACCAUCAAGAGGGGAAUUUCAGAAGACAACGCCAUCACUCUGCUCUCGGCCGCCGUCAAGUACGAGGCCCGGGACCUGGAGGACUUCUGCUUCAAGUUCUGCGUCAACCACCUGACAUCGGUCACGCAGACCCUGGCCUUCGCCGACAUGGACCACGACCUGCUCAAGAACUUUAUCAGUAAAGCCAGCCGACACGGGGCCUUCAGAAACUGACUGCUUACGUCUUCAGCGGAGUGAGAGACGCGGCAAAGUAAAGCGAGGACGGUCGCCUCUCAAGAGCCUUGACAGACCACAGAGGCGGGAGUGAGCAGGUUGAAGGUCCUUGAGGUGAGCCUUCCUUUUUGGACAACACUAACAGCCACCUUUCCACGAAGCACUUCAGUUCCAGUCAGGCCGAGGCAGGGGGGGGCGGCUGAAGGCGUACUUGGGCCGGGAUGUUAGCGACUGUGGCGCCAGGCGGAAAGGUGUUGUCUCCCUAAAACAAGCUGUUUGUUGUGAAUGCAAACACGGAUGUUUACUAAAAUGCUUUUUAUUUUCACAUGUAUGUCCAAAACCCAGGGGUGCCCAAACAUUUUCCCAGCGGGGGGGCCACAUAGUGAGAAAUGAGGGGAUGCUAUUUAUUGGAUUUCAAAAAUGCGUCCAAUAAUCAUUGACUGGAAUCCAUCACAUGUAGGCCAUUGAUUGCCAUGCAGUCUGAAAGGCAGCAGGAAUUUAUUCUGGAAAAAUGACAGCUCUGCUCUUCUGCUUGGCUCAGCUUCCCUUCUGGCAACUAGGACCUCAGUCCCACAACAUUUCCACUUUGCCAUGAUUAUGCCGUCAUAUGAUACAGCAGAAUGUAUUAUGUCAUAUAAAUGACUCAUGACUUUACCAUGCUACUUUAACUUUCCUUUUGUAUUGUUAGGACUUUAUUCCCAUAAUAUUUACAUUUAGUUUCUGUAAUACAAUAACUUUUCCCCCAACCUAAUUUUGCACAAAUUGCAUCUUGAUUGUUUGUUUGGUGUGUCUUAUAUUAUUUUUCUAUAUAUAGUAUAUUUCCACUCCAUCUUGCUAAAAGGACAUACAUUUUAUUUGGACAUGACUAUUUAUUUUAAUGUCACCUGCGACCCUACUGAGGAUGAGGAACAUAGAAAAUGGAUGAAUAUUUAUUGUAAUGUCAUAACAGUUUUCCAUCUUUGUUGGCUUGUUAAAUGACAUUUUUAGAAUGUGCUGGCCGCAUUUGGCCCCCAAGCCACAGUUUGGACACCCCGACCUAACAUCUCACAGAAUUCACAACCGCGUCACUCAGCUUGAUGGUGUUUUUGAAAAGCCUGCUGCAUGGUGCGCUAAGAUCUUGGUGGAAGUCCGCGUGUCCACAUAAAGGAGCGGCCCCGCCAUUUUUCCACCUUCUGCUUCCCUGUGCCACAGCUGUUUAGGAAUAGUAGCGACAUGGCCGUAGGGACAAAGAUUCUGAAAUAAAGGAAAAUAUUCCAAGACUAAAGUCUCUUUGAUUUGCUGCUGCUGCUUUUUAUUUUCUAAAUAUUUCAACAUUGAUGUAUUUUCUUUUUCUUGGAAUGUUACAGCUUAUUUCCACUUGAUGAUCAUCAUUUCACUUUUUUCACAACCGUAAUUGCAACUUGGAAAUGACAUAUUUUUUCCCAGAAUAUUUCAAUGUUAUUUGUAAUUCAAUUCACAUUUAUGUUUUUGUCUUUUUUUUUUUUUUUUUAGGAAUUUUUGUGACUUUAUUUUUUUGCCCCUUUUUGCUGUUUGUUUCUUCUGUUGUUUGGUUGUCAUAUUCAGACUUUAGCCUCACUAUUUUUCCUGUAAACUAUAUAAGUAUAUUUUAAAUGUUCAUUUAUAUUGUUUUUCUUGAAAUGUUAUGACUUAAUUCCCAUCCAAUUUGCCAGCCAACCCAAUUUACUUUAUUUAUAAACACAUUGUAUAAAGACUAGUAAACCAAUAAAGAUUAAAAAGUCAAAGUACAAAUCAAUACCAUAAAAGCUAGUCAAUAAAAAAAAUGUACAACAAUGAUGAUAUCAAUAUAAAUGAUAUGAAUAAAUGA